AAUAAGAAACAACACAGGCAAAAGAGUAGUAGAAUUUUUCUAGUGUUGUACAUUCAAACGAUGUUUGUGAAUACUGGUUUCUCCAUAGCUUCGGCUGAUUUGAAACCAUGGCCCGACUUUAUCCAGAAGCGGAUUGAUAUGUGGGAUAGGUUAAUGGCAGAAUACAAAUUGGAGUUGGCCAACAAGGUUCCAGACCCCAUCAAAAUCACUCUUCCGGAUGGCAAGCAAUUCGACGCUGAAUCGUGGCGUACAACACCUUUACAAAUCGCUGAGAAAAUUUCCAAAGGUUUGGCCGAGAACACUGUUAUCGCUAAAGUAAAUGGAGAGGUCUGGGAUUUGGAUCGGCCAUUUGAGUGUGACUCGACGCUGCAUCUCCUGAAGUUUGAUGACGAUGAUGCUAAGCAAGUGUUGUGGCACAGCUCAGCUCACUCAGCACACAUCCUUGGAGAAGCAAUGGAGCGCUACUGUGGUGGACAUCUAUGCUAUGGUCCACCUGUAGAGGAAGGCUUCUACUUCGAUAUGUGGCAUGAACAUCUGACUGUCUCUCAAGAGGAUUUUCCGAAGAUUGAAGAGAUUGUGAAGUGCGCCAUUAAGGAUAAACAGCCAUUUGAGAGACUCGAAAUGACGAAAGAGGAUCUUUUGGAGAUGUUUAAGUACAACGAAUUUAAGGUGCGUAUUAUCAAACAAAAGAUUAAUACUCCUACAGCAACAGUGUAUCGAUGUGGCCCUCUUAUCGAUCUUUGUAGAGGUCCUCACGUUCGCCAUACAGGGAAGAUUAAGGCUAUGGUAAUCACAAAGUCGUCGUCGUCGUACUGGGAGGGGAAGGCUGACGCUGAGAGCUUGCAGAGAGUUUAUGGAAUUUCUUUUCCAGAUGCGCAACAGCUCAAGGACUGGCAAAAAAUUCAGGCAGAAGCGGCAAGGCGUGACCACCGUAAACUGGGUAGAGAACAAGAACUUUUUUUCUUCAAUCAUCUAUCCCCUGGAUCCGCUUUCUGGUAUCCGAAGGGAGCACAUAUCUAUAACACAUUGGUCAAUUUCAUUAGGAAGGAAUACAGAAGGCGUGGCUUCACUGAGGUGAUCACACCCAAUAUGUACAAUAGCCAGUUGUGGGAGACGUCUGGUCAUUGGAAACACUACUCCGAAGACAUGUUCAGAUUCGAAAUUGAGAAGGAGCAGUUUGGCUUAAAGCCUAUGAAUUGCCCUGGACAUUGCCUUAUGUAUGGUCAUCAGCCACAUGCUUACAACGAGUUGCCAAUUCGAUACGCAGAUUUUGGUGUGCUGCAUAGGAACGAGAUGUCUGGUGCUCUUUCUGGAUUAACACGUGUUCGACGAUUUCAGCAAGACGAUGCUCACAUAUUCUGUCGUAGGGAUCAGAUUGGCAGCGAAAUCAAGGGUUGCUUGGAUUUUCUUUCAUUCUGUUACGAAGAAGUAUUUGGGUUUACCUUCAAGUUGAAUCUGUCUACUCGCCCUGAAGGAUUCCUUGGAAAGAUUUCGACUUGGGACGAAGCUGAAAGUGAUCUGAAAGCUGCAUUAGACGAAAGUGGUAGGCCGUGGUCUUUGAAUGAAGGAGAUGGAGCGUUCUAUGGACCUAAAAUAGAUAUCACCAUCCAAGAUGCAUUAAGACGAAGUCAUCAGUGCGCUACAAUUCAACUGGACUUCCAGCUGCCACUACGGUUCGACCUGUGCUAUUUUGAUCGAGACCUUAAUAAGCAAAGACCUGUGAUGAUUCAUCGCGCUAUACUUGGUUCUGUUGAGAGGAUGACUGCUAUACUAACGGAGAAUUAUGGUGGAAAAUGGCCGUUUUGGUUAUCACCGCGGCAGGCCAAGGUUAUUACCGUUCAUGAGUCAGUAAAUCAUUACGCUAGGUCUGUGAGGGACAAAUUGUACAACGCUGGUUUUGAGGUGGAGUUCGAUGAACAUUGUGCUGAUACCCUCAACAAGCAAAUUCGUAACGCACAACUGGCUCAAUUCAACUUUAUUCUUGUGGUUGGGCAAAGGGAAAUGGAUCAUGGGACAGUCAAUGUCCGCACAAGGGACAACGCUGUUCGUGGAGAGAUAAGCGUAGAUGCAUUGAUUGUGAAAUUUCGUCGUUUCGUUGACAAUUAUACAAAGGACACGGAAAAUGCAGAAGAGUAUGCCUCUGAAAUUUAG